CUAGAAAACGAAGCACAAUUGAAGUAAGAGUUUAGAGUCGUCUGCGAAUCACAAAUCAAGCGUUAGACGAGUCUCUAAUCCAUCUACGAUCCCGCUCAGGAUGAAUCUGUACGUAAUUAUCCUGCUGAGCCUGGCGGCAAUAAUAUCGGCGGCGAAUGAGCCGAUAGCCAUCAUCAAGCAGGAGCAGGACAUUAGCCCGGACGGUAGCUUCUUCACGAAAUGGGAGAGCGCCAACGGGAUAACCUUCGAGGAGCGGGGCGUACAAAAGAACCCCGGCCAAAAGGACAAAGAGGCUGAGGAGGUGCGCGGCUCGGUGACGUGGACCGCGCCUGACGGACAGAAGAUUAAUCUCGGCUGGCUGGCGGACGAAAAUGGCGCCACUUUCCAAGGAUCGCAUCUGCCGACCCCGCCACCCCCGCCGGAAAUUCCGCCCGUCAUCCAGCGCGCUCUCGACUGGAUAGCCGCUCACCCCUACAAGGAGGAGAGAAACAAAGUUUAAUCGCUGACGUGCCUUUGCUACGAACAACGUUGAACGAUCAUGUUUCAUUUGUACAUGUUUAGCUUGACAUCGUAUGUAAAACUAAAAAGUAUAAAAAGUCAUAUAUAUAUAUAUACUGAACAAA